AUGUAUAUCACUGGCUGGGCCGUGAUCUGCCUGCCCCGCAGCCGCUCUUGCGCAGGUCCAAGGGAUGUGCAGGCGACACCAAGAGGGGACAAGUCCUCGCCGAGCAACGUGCAGGCAACGCCGAGGCCCAAGGUGCACGCAGCAACAGCAUCCUCGUCGUCGUACAAUAGGCAGACAGCAUCGUCUAUAUCAAACUCUACAUGGAGAACUAAAUACAACUUCAAACACACCUUUAAAUACAUCGUUAAAUACACCGUCGAAUACAUCGUUAAAGAACAUGCGUGCAUCACCGUCAUCGAGACGAACCUCGUGGAGUGGGACAGACUAGCCAUACACAACAUGGCCAUUAACCCAACUACACGCCAAGUAACUAUUAAUCCCGUCCUUGUAUGGCACACGUUCAAACACACUGUCGCGCACAUCAUAGAAUACACCGUCGAAUACACCAUCGAGAACACCAUCGAACAAUGUGCGUGCAUCACCGUCAUCAAGAACAACCUGCGGAGUAGGACAAAGGAAUCGCUGUCAGGCGUGGCCACAAGCGUCGAGUUUAGACGAGAGUCUAACGAUGCGGCGAAGGCCUAA